CAAUUCUCUACCUGUGGGAACUUCAGAAACAGAGGGGAAGAAACAUGAUCUUCCACAAGAGAGAUCUGGAUCUGGUUUUGGUUCCAGGCGGGCUGGCGAUCAUGUUCGCGUACCAUCUGUUCUUUCUUUAUAGAUAUCGACAUGCCCCUGAAACAACAGUCAUGGGCAUUGAGAAUGUGGACAAGAGAGCUUGGGUUGAAGGAAUCAGUAAGUUGACACUUGACCAGAGAAAUUUCGCUACAAACGUGAUCGCAUCGAGCGUGACAGCUGCAACCUUCCUUGCCUCGGUCUGCCUCACUCUCAGCUCUCUACUGGGGGCAUGGAUCGCAAACUCCACCGUCGACAACCUGUUCCGGCAACUUGGGGGGCUUGGGGACACGGAACCAUCGACCACGGCCAUCAAGUACAUGAGUCUCUUGGCCUGCUUUGUCCUGGCCUUCUCGUUCUUCCUCCAGUCAGCCAGGCACUUCAUCCACGCAAACUAUCUCAUCACCACACAAGAAGACAGCAUCAGCAAGGAGGAUGUGAAGGUGGUCAUCAUAAGGGGUGGUGAGUUUUGGUCACUUGGGCUUAGGGUAAUCUAUUUUGGUCUAGCUUUCCUCCUCUGGUUCUUUGGUCCAGUGCCCAUGUUGGCCUCGUCCACCAUUUUAGUGAUGAUUCUGUAUCACCAUGACAUCCGUUCAAUCCCUUUGGCGAGACCCCACCAACCAAAAGCCAGAUUAGGAGCUCAGCAGGUGGUCAAGUUGUAGCUUUUGCCAUUGCAAUGGAGCAUCAAGGUGGGGGUAAGAAAGGGUUGACCAGAAUUGAUCUGUCUUCAUUUGUGCAUUUAUCUGUUGAUUUAUUGCAUGGAUGGCAUGUGCAAGAUCCGCAAUGCGAGGGAAGUGAGUUUUGGUGGAGGUUUUUACUCCUACGCUGCGUUGAGAAUCUUUCUUCUUUUCGAGCAGAUUGAACAGCCGUUUGCACUUUGCAUUGUAAGAAAGGCUUUUGGCCCAUCAAGGUACGCAGAGCAAAAAGGCUUCGAAUA